AUGACUCCCGGGUUCAACUGCGUCAAGGAGAUGCUGCUCCCGGACAUUGCGGAGACAUUUCAGUCGCAAGGCUUCAACACCUACAUUUACGACCCUAGAAGCAUUGGCGAUAGCGACGGUACUCCAAAGAACCUCAUUGACCCACUGCAACAAGCCGAGGAUCUUGCAGACAUCGUCACUCACAUUUCGUCGCUCCCCAGCGUUGAACCUUCUCAGAUCGCCCUCUGGGGCAUGUCUUUUGGCGGCACCGUCAGCGCCUGCGCCGCCGCCGUCGACCGGCGCGUCAAGGCGCUCGUCAUGGUCUGCCCGAUCCUCAGCUUCUACCAGGCCGACAAGCGCGACAAGGCGUUCGCGCAGCUGAUUCGCGACCGGCAGUCGCAGCUGCGCGGCAACGAGCCUUUCAUGCUGCCGCCGUUCAACAGCAAGGGCGAGAACCCAAUCGGCAUGGCCGGUUCGGGCGGGCCUGGUGGCGUGGAGGCGUACGGAUUCAUGGGCGCCGUCAUCGACCGCGGGGCGCCCAACUUCCGCAACAAGAUCGCGCUGCAGACCUACCAGAAGCUGGCCAUGUGGCAGCCCAAGGAGAUUCUGAAGCUGGUAGACAAGACGCCGGUCAUGAUGGUGACGCCCGAGUUGGAUACCAUGUCGCCGCCGGAGGAGCAAAAGGCCGCGUUCGAGGUGUUUCCGCAGACCAAGAGGUUCUUGGAAGCCAAGGGCAAGGGUCAUUUAACUGUGCUCAGCGGCGAGGGGUCGGUCGAGGUGGUCGAUGCCAUGACGGAGUUUGUACGGGAGAGCAUUGGAAGUUAG